CACGAGCCAGAGUUCCAAGAUGGCACCCCCGGCUCCUUCUUCGAGGAAACGGGUAAAUGUAAAAGAAGAGGCGAAAACUGACGAACGGGAAUUCUUUCAGCUAGCGCCUUUGCCUUUGAGCAUUUUCCUUAUAUUUCUGUUGAUCUUAUACUGGGUAAGAUAUCUAUUUUAUGAUUCGUGUAGCAGCUGUUUCUGUUGGAGAAUGGGCAAUCUGGCUCAUGCCAUAGGGAACCCACUAUACUAUGUAGGAAAAAUGAAGGAGACUAUUUUUUCCGAAACUUCGUGUGCAUAUAAAGGACAACAACAACUCGUCACAUGAUAAGUUUCGUCGAUUUUUAUCUUCAUUUUCUAGCAAAUUUCCAGACCUAAACCUCGCCCCAUACUGUACUCAUGUUAGAGGAAACCCGUACGUGACAGAAAUAGUGAGCCUGGGUGACCUCUGCUCAUACUCGGUGUAAAAUCCUGUGAACCACACCAAUGAAGUACUAAAGCAAUUAAUACAAAGAAGCCAGUGACAAUUCAACACAAUAGAGCCAAGGAAAAUAAUAACUAGAAAGCAAAGAAAAACUUCUCGGGUUUUUACACCGAGGAUGACCCAAAAAUCUUUUUCAAAAAGAUCAUUGAUCUACGCUGUCAGGUGGCUUGUGUAGGCAACAAUUUAUAAGUGUAUUACUAUGAAUGGUUUUAACUCAGGAGUCAUAAGUAGGUGGACCAUGAUCGUCUGGGUGUCUAGCCUGCGAGCAUCUUAGUCGCAUCCCCAUCUUAGUCGCUUUUGGAAAAAAGUAAUUUUGGCAAUCCCAGCUCAGUCACUUUCUGUGUAUGCCUUGGUGAUCCUGAAAUGAACGGACACAUGUAUUAAACUUAAUGCGGUGUAAAUCUAUUUAUAAAUGCCUACAUACCUUAAUUUUCUGACCCCCAAAAUCCUGAAAAUGUGCUACCCCAUUCUAGUAACUCUUAUAAAAAUGCAACCCCAUAAUAGUCAAUCCAGCGACACAUACAUACAUACAUGUCUUUUAUUUGGAGUCUUAUGCAAUAAAUAGUAUAUCAACUAUUUCCAAAUAACUAAAAUUACAAAGCCUCUGUUUCAAAGCAAUUCUAAGUGCAAAGCCACUGAUAUGAAAAUGAUUUUUAUUCUUAUGCAAAUAAAACUCAUUUUCACAAGAAGGGUUUUGCACUUAGCCUUGUUUUGAAAGUGAGAGGUUUUGGAACUCAGAAAUAGACCAUUCUUCAUCAGGGUUGUCAUUAAGAGCCGGGGGCCGGGGAUUUUCCCCGGCUACUAAGAGAGUGGCCCCCGGCUACUUUUAUUGGAAAAUAGAAGAAAAAUAGAUCCAAAAGAAAUCCCUAGCCUUUUGAUUCCCCGCCUACUUGUUGUAUUUACCCGGCAACUUGAAAUCUUAGUGACAACCCUGCUUCGUAGAGAACAGGCUUGAGUGUUGCAGGGUUACCUUUAACUACAUCACAAUACGACUAUGCUUUCAAAACUGUUGUCCCAAACUUGUGCUCUAAGAAAAAAUUGAAUGGACCCCAAGGCUCCAAAAUCCAGGGUACCCAGCCCAUGAUUUCUAGGGAAAAAAAUGUGAUUGUCCAGUCACCCAGGAGCAAAUGUUAUGUGCCAGGGACCACCUGGUGUCACUAGAGCCCUACCUUCUGUGCUCCUUGAUUGCAUUUAUUACACCGACCCUAUUUCUUGCAGUUUGUUUGCUACAAUGUAGAUGCUCUACCUUUACAAGCAUUGGGACCAGUAGGAAAAGUGUUAGCAUAUUUAGCAUCCAAUUAUUUGAAAGCAUUAAGACUUGGGUGAGUACUUGAAGUGUCACUCAAACUGUAUUUUUUGCGGGCCUCUCACAUGUGCAAAGCACUUGUAGCAAGCACCAUAUAGGUAAGAAAAAUUGGUUAUCUAUGCAUCCAAGAAAUUUUGGUAGUGACUUCUUGUCAUGUGACCAUCCGUCUGCACCACAGGCAUACCAAUGUAAAAUAAGUCAAUCAACAGGUAUACCAAACAAAUGCAACUCUAGGCUUUUUUGGCGGGAAAUCACAUGGCCACCCAUGUCUUGUGAAGCAGAGACAAUUAUUAAAGAGUCAUUAAAGACAAAACAGAAAGCGGAAAUUGUUUCUGCAUCCUUGUUGUCUAAAGUAUUGAUUUUAGCUUAGAUUAAUUGUCGUGUCCACAAAUUUGGAAUAUAGAGAAAGAGAAAGACAUAGAAAACAAGGAAGUAGGUGACAGGAUAGAGAAGCUCAAUAAGAAAAAGAGCAACAGAGAGAGCUAGAGCGAGAGAUAAAAAACAAAAGCGAUGAAUUUCAUUGGAAGAACAAUGUGAAAAUUUUGCAGUGGCAGUGAGAAAAUAAGAAAUGCUAGUGGUCAGCAAGGUGAAAAUGAACAGCAGUGAAAAAAAAGUGAACAGGAAUACAAGCAACAAAUUUUGGGGGGAGAACAUACGACAUUUUCUUCAUAAAAUGGUUAAUGUGUAACUAAAAAGUUUCACGUUGCAACAACGACAGCAAAGAAAUGUACAAAAAAAGUGAUUUUCUUGAUUUUUUAUCUAAUUAGACCAAUUUUUUUUUGCUGUUCUUGUUUCCAUCACCAUUUAGCAUUACACGAUUUCAUUUUUUGAGUAAAGUAAAAGUAUUUCAAUGAGAGCUUUCCUUUUCAGUAGCGGGACCGGAGUACCUAGAAAAAGUCCUGAGGUGCUUAAGGAUAGUCAGCCAGACAAAUUGGGCUCCGUGACAUAAUAAUACUUGGCUUCAAUUUGUUUUCAAAGUCGCACAUUACAGUAGUUAAUUCUUGAAGAAAACUAACAAUGGAGCUUUGCCACAUAUAUAGUCAAACUUUAUCAUAUUUAGGAUCACAAGCUUCAAUGAAUUCAUUUCAUAACUUUGAUUACCACCUUCCUGCUUUAAGCCCUUUUUUGAUUGCAAAAUAGUAAGCAUCUUUGUUUUUUAAAAAUUUCCCCCAUUUCUCCCACUUCCCACCCUUUAGAACUCCCCCUCUUGCCCAUUUAUAUCCUGCCUCCUACACUCCUUCCGUCCCUAUUCCACAGUCUAUUGGGCCACCACCCGCCUGUCCUCCCCCAGAUUCCUUGCUAGAUUUGAUACUCUUCCCAAGGUUAAACUUGAAUUUGAAACCAACAUGGCGGCCUUUUACAGUAAGCACUUGGCCUUAAUAAUCUCGGGGGGAAUACAAGGAGGUCGGAAUACAAAACAGGAAUACAAGCAACAAAUUUUUCGGGGAGCACAUACGACAUUUUCGUCAUAAAAUGUGUAACUAAAAAGUUCAUGUCACAACAACGACAGCAAAGAAAUGUACAAAAAAGUGUGCUGCGUGUGCAGAGUUCUUGAUUUUUUUUUUCUAAUUAGACCUAAUUUUACUUUUUGCUGUUUCUGUUUCCAUCACCGUUUAGCAUUACACGAUUUCAUUUUUUGAGUAAAGUAAAAGUAUUUUAACAAGAGCUUUGCUUUUAGCCCUGGCUUGAACUAUAUAUUAGGUCAUAUCAGGCUGACAGGACUGGAGUACCUAGAAAAAAUCCUGAGGUACUAAAGGAUGGUCAGCCAAACAAAUUGGGCCCCGUGACUUAACAAUACUUGGCUUCAAAUUUUUUUUUCAGUCGCACAUUACAGUGGUUUAAAUUCUUGAAGAAAACUAACAACAGAGCUCGAUCUGCACAUACAUAGUCAAACUUUAUCAUAUUUAGGAUCACAAGCUUCAAUGAAUUAAUUUCGUAAUUUUGAUGACCACCUUCCUGCCUUAAGCCCUUUAUUGAUUGCAAAAUAGUAAGCAUUUUUUAUUUUUAAACAUUUCCCCCAUUUCUAGUGCUUCCUACCCUUUGGAACUCCCCCCUCUUGCCCAUUUACAUCCUGCCUCCUGCACCCCUUCCGUCCCUGUUCCACAGUCUAUUGGGCCACCACCCGCCUGUCCUCCCCCAGAUUCCUUGCUAGAUUUGAUACUCUUCCCAAGGUUAAACUUGAAUUUGAAACCAAGAUGGCAACCUUUUACAGUAAGCACUUGGUCUUAAUAAUCUCAGGGGGAAAUACAAGGAGGUCGGUAUAAUAAACAGUCUACACAGACACCUUCAUUUUAAGUGAAAAUAUCAAUUUUGUACACCUACAGGACCCCUACUGGUGCCUACUUUAUAUCAGAAAUUUCAGAGACUGUAGUUUUACUUUUGGUGCCGAUUUGCUUUUGAUUUAAUCCAGCUGCAAUUGAUGUCAUUUUAACAACUUUUUUCCUAUUAGUUUCAGAUUUGCAAUAAUGGUCCAUCUUCUGGAGGCUGGUUUUGCAUACAGAGUCUGUAGGUAAGGACUCUUUCUUCAAUAAUAUUCUCAUCCCUCAGAGGAGUAGGAUUUCCUGCUCUACUCUGCACAUGGGGAGAAGGUCCUAAUAAUGGUGAUGAUGAAUUUAAGGAACAAGAACGCAGCCCUUAGAAAUGACCUCUCCACCUCUACUCUCUCUUUCUGUUUUGUUUUCUUUGUCAACAAUUUUUGUUGUAUUAUUUUCCCCUUGAUCCCCUUUGCAUAACCCACAGUCAAAUUUAGCAUUUUAAGUAAUGCUGGGUAGGUUAAUCUUAUGUCCACAUAUAUUUUUAUAUUUUCCUGCUAACAAAUAAAAUUAUUGUUUGUCCUGUAGGCGGAUGAUGUUCUCUCGUUUGACAAGUUUCAAGUGGCUGGUACAAACUUUUGUGGUUGGUUUUCCUUCACUGGGCACGCUUCUCCGAUACCGGAAGGAGAGAGAGCUCCGAAAAAACAAAAGUGAAUAAUGAUAAAGAAACCAUGACAGCCGCAAUUUGCAAUACUAUACAGUUGAACCUCCACUAACGCCACCUCUCUACAAUGGCCACUUUUUCGUCCCAGCAAACAAAAAAUCCACACAUUGACUCUUCAUUAACACCUCUCUACAACGGCCCCCUGUUUACAGUGGCCACUUCCUUCUGUCCCCAAAGUGGCCAUUGUAGAGAGGUUAAAAUGUAGUAAAGAAUGCCAUUAGAACCAACACCUCAAAGAGGCCCAAAUUAAUGAUUUAAAAUGGAUCUGUUUUUGAUGAGAAUCGAUGUUAAGGGCUAGUAAAUGAUACAUAAUCUCUAUUUCUCUUGAUUGUGUGAGAAUAAUUUUCUGUUGUACUAUGAAAAUAUGUCUGACAGGGUAUUAUAUCUUUUUCAUAGUCGUUUACAAAAAAAAUGAAGGUAAUUAAUUCGAUAUUCUCUUAGCUUUUUAUUAUUUAAAUUAGCACUUAGGAUUAAUAGUGUGAUCCUAAAGCAAGGUUCCAUCAUGGAGAAAUACAUACAUUUACAACAGGACAAUCUCUUGUUUAUUUAUGCAAAUAAAUACACUACUGGUUUUU